CUUCACUUUUGUUGCCUUGCAGACAAAUCAGUGGACUAGCUAGUGUUUCACACGCUACGAUAGUGGCUUGUCAUCAACUAUCCGCUUUUGUGUAAUAGUAAAAAAAAAGUUUUCGAUCACAUUUAAGUAAUUUUAUUCUAUUUGGUAACAAUGAGAGAGUGCAUUUCGGUUCACAUCGGCCAAGCUGGAGUCCAGAUCGGAAAUGCGUGUUGGGAGUUAUACUGCCUUGAGCAUGGGAUUCAGCCGGACGGACAGAUGCCCUCUGAUAAAACCAUUGGAGGUGGUGAUGAUUCCUUCAAUACCUUUUUCAGCGAAACUGGAUCUGGAAAGCAUGUGCCACGUGCAGUUUUCGUUGAUUUGGAACCCACUGUAGUAGAUGAGGUACGCACAGGAACAUAUCGGCAGCUCUUCCAUCCUGAACAACUAAUCACUGGCAAGGAAGAUGCUGCGAAUAAUUAUGCCCGAGGACACUACACCAUUGGAAAGGAGAUCGUUGAUUUGGUUCUGGAUCGCAUUCGAAAACUUGCUGACCAAUGUACUGGACUACAGGGCUUUCUUGUGUUCCACUCAUUCGGUGGAGGCACCGGAAGUGGAUUUACUUCACUGCUAAUGGAAAGAUUGUCGGUUGACUAUGGAAAAAAAUCAAAGCUUGAAUUUUCAAUCUACCCAGCACCACAGGUAUCGACUGCCGUGGUUGAGCCGUACAAUUCUAUCCUAACCACCCAUACCACCUUGGAGCAUUCUGACUGUGCGUUCAUGGUCGAUAACGAGGCCAUCUACGACAUUUGCCGCAGAAAUUUGGACAUCGAGCGACCUAGUUAUACUAAUCUUAACCGUUUGAUCGGUCAGAUAGUUUCCUCAAUUACUGCUUCUCUUCGCUUCGAUGGAGCGCUGAACGUCGACUUGACCGAAUUCCAGACCAAUCUCGUUCCAUAUCCCCGAAUCCAUUUUCCGCUUGCCACGUACGCUCCAGUCAUUUCCGCCGAAAAGGCUUACCACGAGCAACUUACUGUUGCCGAAAUUACCAAUGCCUGUUUCGAACCGGCAAACCAAAUGGUAAAAUGCGACCCGCGCCACGGAAAAUAUAUGGCAUGUUGCAUGCUGUACCGUGGCGAUGUUGUCCCAAAGGAUGUUAAUGCUGCAAUUGCAACUAUCAAAACGAAACGUUCGAUUCAAUUCGUUGACUGGUGCCCGACUGGAUUCAAGGUUGGCAUUAACUAUCAACCCCCAACCGUUGUUCCCGGGGGCGAUUUGGCCAAGGUGCAGAGAGCGGUCUGUAUGUUGUCCAACACCACUGCCAUUGCUGAGGCUUGGGCUCGACUGGAUCACAAGUUUGAUUUAAUGUAUGCGAAGAGAGCCUUUGUCCAUUGGUAUGUUGGAGAAGGAAUGGAAGAAGGAGAGUUUUCUGAAGCACGCGAGGACUUGGCUGCCCUAGAAAAGGAUUAUGAAGAAGUUGGAGUGGAUUCAACAGAAGAGGUUGGAGAAGGUGACGAAUAUUAAUCAAUCGGAUGACCUUGAUUCACGUCUACAUUCAUAUGUCAAAUAUACAGGCAUAAGGUAGUUGUGAUUCGUUAAAAAAAUGACCCUGAACAAGCCAUAAUAAGACAAACUGCCUACUCUAUCAUUUUUAUGAAUCUAAGGAUAAUCAUCAAGUUUUGCGAAAAUAUACUAAUUAUUUAACAUGGCACAACUUUGCAAGAAAAAGGAA